GAACGUUUUUUGCAUGGUAGGAAUCUUAAGUCUGAAGAUCGCCCAGAUAUCAUAUGUCGAGUAUUUAAGAUAAAGUUGGAUGGUCUUCUGAAAGACUUGCGACGUAAUAGGGUGUUUGGUAGUGUUAAAGCAGUGGUGUACACUGUGGAAUUUCAGAAGCGAGGAUUGCCCCAUGCACAUAUACUAUUGUGGCUAGCAAGUGAGGAUAAAUUGCCAACUUCAGCAGACAUUGAUAAGGUUAUCUCAGCUGAAAUUCCCGAUAAAGACAAGGACCCACGAUAUUACAAUGCAGUUCAUGAUUUUAUGAUGCACGGACCGUGUGGUCCAUAUGUCAAGUCUGCUCCAUGUAUGUCUGAUGGGAAGUGUACGAAACAUUACC